AGGAAGACAAGCCUAUAUUGAACAGUGCAGGCACGCUCAAACUUUCUGAGAAUAUUACUCAUAUCUAUGUAUAUAUAUAAGUGCUAAGAUGGCAAUCUGCUACUAAUUUUUUACGCUAAAGAUUGCUUAGCGUAACAAAGAGUCUAUGUGAAGAUCAGUGUUACCUUUUUCAGAGACAUAAUAUGGCAAGACGAUUUGGUACAGGACCGACUUCCGGUGUAGAGGUAGAUGACAAUUGUAUUCAGUCGUACAUUAAGUUACAACUUCAGCAUUCCUCUCAGUUCAUCAUAUACCGUCUAUCAGACGACAAAAAACGCAUCAUAGUUGACAAAAUUGGACCAGUAGGAUGUACGUAUGACAAUUUCGUUACGGAACUUCAACACGCAGGAUUAAAGGGAGAAGGACGAUAUGGAGUUUUUGAUUUUAAUUACUCUGUCAAAGAACGAAUGGUGAACAAAAUAGUUUUCUUUUUAUGGAUUCCGGAUACUAUUCAAGUGAAACAGCGGAUGUUGUACAGUAGUAGUGUGCGCGCAUUAAAGAACAGACUUCCUGGAAUUCAUAUAGAAAUGCAGUGUAAUGAUGAUUCCGACCUGGCACAAUCAAAUCUUCUUCAACGUUGUCUAGAGAGAGGAUAUGACUAAUAUUUGAGAAGUCAUCUUUAGGAAAAGAAUCUCAACACCAAUACAUUCGAUAUUCAAGAGACAACAAAUGGCUAGAUUUCAUUUUUAAAAUUUGUCUAAAGCUUUCCAUGACUUCAUUGCUGCAAUUCAUGUACACUCCUCUAUAUAUGAUGUAUUUUUGACUUAACAAAACAACAUAUGGUGCACGUGUUACUCGGAAGGAAGUGGCCAUUAUUGCAAAGUUAUUCAUGGCAUCUCUCUCUCAGCUCAUCCUCGUGUGAUGCAAGAGUUCAGUGACAACUGAUUGUUAGUCAGACUGACAAUCUGAUAGCAAGGUUUACAGACUAAGAACAGGGUGAUAAGAAAUUCGUUAUCUGAUUCAGUGCCAGAUAUGAUUAUAUAUGAGCGUAACACUUGCCACAGAAGAAUGAAGAUGAUGGAGACUGGAAUCUUCAUUCAAGACCAAGUGCCAAAAAAAAUUCUACGCGUCAUGUUGUAUGACUGACUGUACAAGAGUGUUUUUCACUAUAUGUAUAGACAAAUGUUACAUAAUCAUAAGAAAAGAUAAACUACUAUACAUUUUUCAA